GUUAAACUCUUUGUAGCUUCGCUUGAUGUAAUCACGUGAUGAGACCUGUGAAUUUACCUUUGAUUUUACCCGGAGGACUACUGGUGUCACGGCCAGUGAUGAGGCUGCUUUAAGUGCCGUCGUUGUGCCGGGAGAGCCGAGGAGACGCAGGAGGCGGUGAUGGCGUAGAACGCGACCAGGAAUAACACUCGGGGCUAAAUCAGCGUACGGCUGGCAGAGCUGCCCUCGCCUCGGUCCCAGUGCGCGGGCUGCGCAGGCGGGGUUCCCUCGCCAUGGCUAGACCAUGACCACGCCGAGCCCUUCCCCGCCCGAGUCGCUGCUGGGGUCGCCAUGGUCCCGGCGCCGCAUGCCGCCCCCCGCCCUGGCGACCCACGCGCCGCCCCCGCCGACUGGAGCCCUCCCAGCGGCUGCCCCCGCCCGCAGGACGGUCGAGUUUGCCUACCCGGACGACGACAGCCACUCGGUGGACAGCUACCCCGACGAGAUGGCACCCGGUGUGGCUACCGUGAUGGGGGCGGUGGAGACGGCAGGGUAUGGCGGCGGCCUCGGCGGCGGGCUCACGGGCUCGGCGGUGCAGCGGCGGGCGCACCGCGUGCAGAUCAAAGAGAGCCUGACGCGGCGCGGGCGCGGCCGGCUGCAGCAGCCCCGGAUGUCCCUCCUGGGUAAGCCGCUCAACUACCGCGCGAGCACCCGGCGGGACGCCCGGUACCGCCGCCUACAGAGCCGCGUCUACAACUUCCUCGAGCGACCGCGCGGGCUGCCCUCCAUUUUCUACCACAUCGUCGUGUUCUGCGUGGUCUUCACUUGCCUAGUGCUCAGCGUCUUCUCCACAAUAGACACAUACGUGGAGGUCGCCAGCGACAUUCUACUCAAGACGGAGAUGGUGGUCGUCAUCUGGUUCGUGAUUGAGUUUGUGCUGAGGUUGUGGUCGUCAGGAUGCCGUUCCAUUUACCAGGGUGGCUGCGGCCGCCUCAAGUUCCUCAGAAGACCAUUUUGUAUCAUCGACAUCAUCACUAUUUUGGCCUCGCUCGUGGUGCUAUCCAUGGGCAGCUCCGGCCAGGUGCUCACGGCGCUUCGCGGCCUCCGGUUCUUCCAGAUCCUGCGCAUGGUGCGCAUGGACCGAAGGGGAGGUACCUGGAAGCUGCUCGGCUCCGUAGUGUACGCGCACAGACAGGAGCUGAUCACGACGCUGUACAUCGGCUUUCUCGGCCUCAUCUUCGCAUCCUUCCUUGUGUACCUCGUAGAGAAGGAAGCCGGGAAUAAGGGCUUCGAGAACUUUGCCGAUGCUCUUUGGUGGGGGGUGAUUACGCUGUGCACAGUCGGUUAUGGCGACGCAGUACCGUCCACAUGGCAGGGAAAAGUGAUAGCAUCGUUCUGCGCUCUCCUUGGCAUCUCCUUUUUCGCACUACCAGCGGGCAUCCUCGGUUCGGGGCUGGCGCUCAAGGUGCAGCAGCAGCAGCGCCAGAAGCACAUGAUCCGGCGCCGCCAGCCAGCCGCCAAGCUUAUCCAGAGCCUGUGGCGCUGCUACGCCGCAGACGAGCACUCCAUGUCCACCGCCACCUGGAAGAUCCACCAGAUCCCAUUGCCAAGUCCACCCUCGAUCAAGGCCCAAGAGGGGUCGGAGAAAUCAGGUCCUGGAAACCCGAAGAAGAUGCAAUCUCAGAGCUCAUCGUCCUCGCUGGUUCGCGUCUCUUCCAGUUUCAAGCACAACGCCUCCUUCGUCUCGCGGCUGCCCACCAUCCGGAGACAUAAGAGCACAUCUUUCCACCACUCGCCGUCCGUGGCCAAGGCGGGCCAGCCCAGAGGGUUCAACGACUUCAAUGCCUCCGUCGAGAACCUAGACGGUAGUGCUAGGAUGGCCCAGCGCCACUUCAGCGAGCUGCAGCUCAGUCCUCGCCGCUGCUCGGGGCCUGCGGGUACGACCGCCGCAGGUGCCACCGUGCUCAAGAUGGGCGAGGCCACGGCUCUUCCGCUGGUGCUCUGCGGGCUUCUGGAUCAUCAGGACGACGACGACGAGGUUACCGGCCGCUUUCCAACAGCGCUAAUCUUCCACCCAGGAGCGGCCGUCGGCGGCGGCCCCAAACAACGAAACGAGGAUGAGGAGCCCCGCUACGUGCAGCUCACAAACCAGCACAAAGGUGCCAUCAGGGCAAUUAGAAAGAUGAAAUACUUUGUGGCUCGGAGGCAGUUUAAGGAAGCGCUCAAGCCUUACGACGUUAAAGACGUUAUUGAACAGUACUCGUCGGGGCACGCGGACCUGCUCAAUAGGACCAAACACAUUCACUACAGACUAGACCAAAUUCUUGGGAGACAGGGUUCCAAAGCGAAAGAUGUGUAUGCUUCAAAAAUUAGUUUAGCUUCAAGAGUGGUUAAAGUAGAAAGACAGGUGGACGACAUUGAGACGAAGCUCACCGAGCUCAUUGAGAUGUACACGGAGGACAGGAAGCGGCUGCAGGCGCUGCCGGAGCCGCCGCCGCCGUCCUCCGGGGACACGCCGUCCAUAGCCUCGCUGCCGUCCACCCCGCCCGCGCUGCACGCGCACCACCACCACGCCGCCAACCACAUCCGGGCGCGCCACCACCAGGGCCUAAGCCAGGGCCUCGAGCCCAACGCAGACAAGCUGUUCGGAGACUCGCCGCCCUCGGCGCGCGCCCUGCACAGCCAGGCCUCACACAGCCAGGCCGCCAACGGCCAGUACAGCUACGCGCCGCUGGGCGGGCUCACCUCGGGGCUGGCUAGGGGCAGCACGCCGGCCAGGGCGCUCGUCAGGGAGUCCUCCGACCUCAGCCUCCGAAAGAAGAAGGUCACGCUGCAUUCAAUACCCUCGAUGGACCGCGGUGGUAGCGUCAAGGGGGACGUAGUGAUCGUGGUACCAAGCCAGGACGACGGGGACCGGGAGCAUAACAGCCCCCCGCGCACCGGAGGCAGCAUAGGAAGGGAAAGUACUUCCUCUUCACCACCAUGGGAGGACUACAGCCGCUAUGGUGAUGACAAUGACAACGACGACUCUCUGGGUGCUAGUGAGGACACAGCCUUGCUGCGCUCCACAGCUGCAGGAACAGAAAUAAUAGUGACUCCUAUGUCUCCUGCAGUAUCAACAAACGAUUUAUCUAGAAUGGAUACGCAGGAUGAUGAAAUGAGUGACACAAUUAUCAUCCCAUCAUCCAAAAUGGACCUGCUAAAGCCUGAUGUGUUAAUGAAUGAAGAUGUGUAAGAAGAAAAGAAAUCUUCCUUAAGUGUUAAUGACUUAUUUCAACAUUCCCUAAUGCCAUGUGAAUUAAUAAUGUAAAGUUGAGAUUGCUGUAAAAGGGAGGCAAGCUCAAAUUAUUAACUAGUAAUGUACUCUGCAAAAUGAUUAUCUCAGUUUUAACACACCAAUGAAUAAGUCAUUAUGGUAGGGGAAUUCUAUAGAAGAGUAAGAAAAACCUACAAGUAUGAGUGAGUUAUGCUCUGCAGAACCAAAACUUGGUCCAGAAUCAAAUCGAGACCACAAUAGAAGAGCAAGGACUGAGGCUGAGGCAGUGUCUACUGUUCACAAUCUGAUUGCCUACGUUACAAAAUGACGCAACCUGUGUCUAUUUUGUGUUUAGUUCUUUUUUAAGUUUUUUGUUUAAGAAUGGCAAGCUCAAAUGCUCAUCCCAACUGUGUUUUCACUUUUUAUAAAAAAGCAAAUUUGUAAAGUUAGAAUGUUAUUCAUUAAUUGAAUAACGCAGUGAAUAUUUUCCAAUUACAAAGUAAAGAUGUACAUAUACUUGUAUUUCUGUUAGAAAUGCCAAUGCAUGUUUUUCAUUUCUCUUGCUACUAAUCGUUUAGAAAUAGGAGAUUUUUCAGUUGAUAUCAUAGAGUAUGAAUGCUGAUGAGCAGCUGUAUCAAAUAUUAGGUGUGCCUCUGAUAGCACAUACUGAAAGAGUACACAUACUGAGUACAACAUACGAAACAAUGCCUCAGGAACAGGUACCAGACAAGCAAAAGCGUUUGCAGAAUGGUUCACGGUUAAGAUAUAGGGAAUGUUAUUUUAAAGGUUCAUGAUAAAUUUUGUUUCAUUUAUUGAAGACCUUGCAAAAGUUAAGCGUGCAAAGGCAACUCUAAAAUGCUCAUCAAAUAUUGUGAUUGAACCCCCCACAUAAGCAUGUAACAUUCGACACAUGAAAUUUGCUUCAUUGAUUUCAAUUGAUCCUUCCAAAAUUCAAAGCAUUGAAACAAGCGCUUAUUAAUAUAAUUAACAUGUCUAUACUAAUUAGAAAUCUGGUAGAUUCUUUUAGCUACCAUCAUGUUGCUAUUUUUUUUUUCCAUUUUUUUUUUACACAAUAUUGAACACAAACAAAUGUGCUCAUAGCUGCUAAGUUUAAUUAAAAGGCAGAUGAUUGGUGCUGUGCCACUUUAAGACAAUUUGAGGAAAAGCUCACCAUCAUCUUUCUUUAUACCUAUAUAUGUGAUAAUACUUCUUUCUCUCUGUACAGUGCACAAGUGUAAAAUAAUUGAUUAUUGCUUAAUAUGGCCACAUGAUAUUUCUUUAUGAUUGAUUACUAUAGAUAAAAGAUAUUUUUCCUUGUAAAUUGUAAAUAUGUAAUUCGAGGGUAACCAUAGAUUUGUAAUUUUUUGAAAGGCAUGAUCUAUUACUUUAAAAUUUGAUUGUAAAUAGCAAUAACAGGCUUCGUUUGGGGUUUUUUCGAUCCGCCAUUGGUUCUAAGCAGUUGUGAUUCACCUCAAAAGAAUAAUAAAAAAGUUCAAAAUGUCCCAACAAUACAGUCAGUCAUCAAGAAAAGCACAGCAAGGUUGUAGCUUGUUCUAUUGUGGACUGUUUGGAGUAUGAUGUUGAGUCCAAACAACAGGUCUCAGUGAGAAAAUUUAGGAGGAAAACGUGCAAAACAGGAGAAUGUUGCAUUAGAUAAAGGUUUUUAGCGGUGGGACCAUUCACCUACAUGUCAGACCAAGAAAAAGGUACCAUACUCAUGGUCUACCAAGGAGACAUAGAUAUAUGACCACUUCAAGAAUAGAAGCUUUCCAGGAUAUUAAAAGUUUAAAACUGUUUGCAGCUCAAAGUUCCCAGGCCAGUUUUUUAAAAUAAAAGUAGGUUCUCUGAACACAAUUUGUUCCAUCCAUAAUUUGAUCAAAUGUUGUGCAUGUUUGAAUGAUCUCAAUACAACGCAAAUUUCGGCUGUGCAAGUUACGAUAUUGGAAGUUUUAUCGGUCCAGAAACAAAACCUACUUCAUUUAUGACAAGAUUCAAUCUACCAGUAUUUGAUUAACCUAACAGCUUUCUUGAAUUUUGACUUUAUAAAUUGAGUCUAAUAUCUAAAUAGAAGAAUUAAUAAAAUAGGAAACAACUGAUUCCUUAAGCUGAACUUGGUGCACGCAAUCAGUAGGUUUACCAAUCAUAACAAUUGACAAUUGGAUCAGAUUGGGUAUGAUGACAGAUGUCAAAUAGAUAUUUAUAUAUAACAAAAA